CUCAUGGAGGUCGUCGCCCCCUCGCUCGGGUUCACGCUCGCGAACGUCAUGUUCUUCAGCGCCGUCCCCGAGAUGCUCCGCAGGAAGCGCGCGAACGACCUCGGCGAGAUGAACCCGUACCCGUUCCCCGUCAUCUUCGCCAACUGCGUCGCGUGGAUGGCGUACAGCUGCUACAUCGACGACUACUUCCUCUUCUUCGCGAACGCGCCAGGGUGCAUGAUCGGCCUCUUCUUCACGCUCGUCGCGUUCGGCCUCAGCGAGCACGGCUCCAGGGCGAGAGACGCGCUCGAGCGCAUCGCGAUGGCGCUGCUCGUCGCGAUGAUGGCUCUGCUCUUCUUCGUCGGCAUCCCGGGCGCGAAUCUCGACGUCGACGUCAAGCGUCAGGUCGUCGGCGCGUUCUGCAACGCGGUGCUGCUCGCGUACUACGCCGCGCCGCUGAGCGUGAUGAAGAGAGUGAUCGCGACGAGGGACUCGUCCAGCUUGCACGCGCCGCUCGCGGCGGCGAACACGGUCAACGGCGCCGCGUGGUUCACCUACGGGAUGGCUCUGGGGGACUGGUUCCUCGCCGCGCCAAACGCGAUCGGCGCCGCGCUCGGGAUCAUUCAGCUCGUCCUGCUGCGGGCGUAU